AUGCAAGAAGGGAGAAAUUCGAGAUUUUUCUCUUUUUUUUGUAACGUUUUUGACUCAAAGAGUAUUUUGACAACUAACAAACAUCAUGGAUCGAAACUCGUAUCUGAGAGUGAACCGAGAUCAUCUCUAUUACCUAAAGAAGAGAUCGUUCCGGAGCGUACAAGUCAUAUCUCUAUCAAUGAGCCAGGAUCUUAUCUGCUGCCCGUACCUGAGAAACCCGAUCUUAGUGAAGAAUUACCGUGCCGAAGGAGUCCAGUUCCAUCCAAAUGUAUAACAAAAAAAACAAUAUUAAUUAUAGUUAUCGUAGCUAUUGUUAUUGUUGUCAUAUCAGCAUGUCUCGUCGGCGUUAUUGUUUUCAAGGUAGCGCUGAACAACACGCAUAAGACAACCAAUGGCACCCUUAUUUUGGGCGAUAGCACAUACGUAGGUGAAAUCUUCGACGGACAGGCGCAGGGCUAUGGAACUUUGACGAAAGGGGAUGGCCGCCGUUAUGUAGGCAAUUUCAAUAUUAAUAAAUUGGAUGGGCAAGGAAUGUUAUUCCUUCGUGAUGGCUCGGGAACUGCUAGAAAGGUAUACGAAGGACAUUUUCUGGAAAAUAAAUUUGAUGGUCCAGGAGUGUAUUAUUAUCGAGACGGAAGUCGGUAUGAAGGUACAUGGACGAGCAAUCUAAGACACGGAGAUGGAAAAGUAGUUUUCGCCGAUGGACGUAGUCGUGGAGGACAAUGGGCGUAUGAUAAACUGAUUGAAAACGCGAACACAAGAAAGACGAAAUGA